GGUUUCUGAGAGGAACCGCCUUGAGGAAGCAGAAGGGUGUCCAGAGGAGGAACUUAUGGGGACACAAAAGGGAACUCUAGCUGCCAGCAGGGGCCUUAGUCUGCAGUGACCUGAAGCGGAAGGAGGAACAGGCUUUGAUAAGUGUCCAGCUUGGCGCACGGUAUUCCAUGGAGAGCUGGCUUCUGCGACGUGGGGCCCGAGUGCGAUGCCUGCACCCACCCAGCUGGCUCCCAGCCUGGUGCUUCCUCUGUUUGCUGCCGGUGCCCCAGACCCUGCAGCUAACAGGAUUGGUAUCAUUGACCCAUACCAGCCUUCCUAUCAUGGUGUCCCUGGCAAACACCGAUGUGUUCUUCAGCUGCAGAAUCGAGGACUUCACAAGACUUCAAAGAGAUUUGCCUGUUAAGUUGUUUCAUACGGAUAUCCAUGGCCGGAGACGCUGGGAGAAGCAGAUUAACUGCCAACACAGACCUGGCAUGGAGAACCAUACCAGGGAUUGCAUGGUUAAACUCAGCCAGGCAAACACAUCAGCCACAGGCAUUUACUACUUCAUAGUCGAAGGAGAGGAAACAUAUCAGAGCGAUGGCGUUGUCAUUCUGGUCAGAGACACAGUGUACCAGCCACCUGCAUUCAAGGUCCAGGAGGCUCUGAUGCUUGGCUUUACCAGCCUGAUGAGCGUCCUGGGUGUGCUGGGCACAGCGCUACUGCUUUGGAAGAAGAAACAGAUAUCAGUUCUGGGCAAGCACACUGCUAAGACUUGUUCUGGUCUCAAAUCCACCGUCGGAACCACAAAGCCUCCAGCAGAAUCUGUCUACACGUCCCUACAGCGUCGAGAGACGGAGGUCUACGCCUGUAUGAAGGAAGAGACUGGAAGCCCUGUCUUCAGCCAAAGCCCAGCCACCAAGGAGAAGCUGAAUAGAUUUGAGGAUGACAACGAAUUUAACCUUGUCUAUGAAAAUCUCUAGAAAUUCUACAGGCUCCGAGACUUGUCUUGAAUUAGGACCCCAGAGCCACAGCUCUUGUCUAAGGACCUGCUUUGGGUCAGGAGUAGGGCCUUCAGGACAGGCCAUCAUCACCUUACCUGCACAGCAGGGCUUUCCCCAUCUUGGCCUGGUCUGCUCUCACAUUCUGCAUCCCAGCCUGAACUGUUAAUGUCUCUGGGAUUUUGCCCAGGCUGUUUCUUCCAUCAGGAAAGCCAUUCCUCCCCUGGCCAUUUCUCCAUGGACAAAGUGGUCCUCAGUCCCACGGGGCUCUUGUGGAUCGCAUCUCUUUCCUCUUCACCCCUUACUGCCACCCCUGCAGAGCUGUGUAUGUGGCUGUCGUGGCAUCGGCCUCCCAAUUUGGUCCCCAGGCAGACGUGGUCCUGUGAGGACAUAGCAGGACCCCUGUUAGGGCUCUGCCUGGCCACUGAGUCACUCCAGCUCCUCGGCUAGCCCAGAAGCUUGUACAGGGUGGGCACAUGCUGAGUGGACUGGCUAAGGAGAGAUGAAGAAUGGGCAUCAAAGAACUGCACCAAAGCUGACUGGCCCAGGGCCAGAUAUGGAGGCUGCGGAUAUGGCAAGCAGAGAUGAACCAGGACCAGGAGCAGGGAGGUUCCAUACAUGCUGGUGAGAGAGGAGAAUCUCGGAGCGCCCCUCCCCCAACGAGAACCCUGAGCUAGUUUCCAACAUCAGCAUGUGUGGGCACACACCUCACCGUGCCUCACCCUAAGCUCUACAGGCCUCUCUGUUCCUUAUUCUACUCUUAGACCCAGUUCCCCCAGUUCCUCUUUGUGGCCUACUCUGACCCCACCACCUGCAGCUUCAUGUUCUUUUCCUCUGUCUUUAUUAAUUUGCUUUUGGCCCAUCUCGCCUCCCCUGAAGACAGAGAGCAGCCUAGCUGUCUUUCCUCAGUGGUUCAGCUGUGUGGCUUGCUGCUGGGCCACCCCUGGGUAAGUGGGCGAGUCUCUGUGCUGGAGAAACUUGAGCCAGGGUGGACCAAAGCUUCCCAAUGCCUCUCAGCCUUUCUGGCCUUCCAGGAACUCAUUCAGGGGACCCCUCAUUCACUCUCCAGACACCCCUAUAAGGAAGCUGUCUCCUUGGAAGACAGGGACUGAAGGGCUCCUCUCCUACCCUACUCCCCCUCCUCUUAGCCUGCCUUUCCUUCAGCUUUCCCAGAGCUUCCAAUUUAGCUGUGGAAGAUAGGCCGAUCUACCUCCCCAUCCCAGGCUGCUUCCAAAGUUCCUGAGAUGUUCUCAUACCAAAAUCCGCAUGCACGCAAGGAAUACGGAGGUGUCCACGAGCAGACACACCUAGCCUGGCCCAAGCAGUGUUGAGCAGCAGAGGGGUGCAGAGGAAGGCACAGAUGCUUCAGGACAUGAAGUUCAGAAGCUCCUGUGUCCUUGGACAGUGGCGCCAGGCUUUUCUGGGCCCAGUGGGUGGCUUGUCACCUACAAACCUAGUUCCAGGCUCUCCUCUCGAACAUCCAACAAUCAGAGCUCCUCAGAGGCUGCCAGGAUGAAUGAAGGCCGAGCUCCUGGAGGCUGGCUUGAUGAAUUCCAGGGCUGUGAGGACGGGGAACUGUUUGGCACAGAGCUGCCUCCAGGCUCCUGGCUCCAGCGGUCUGAGAUGAAGCUUAGCGCUUAGUGCGCACUGGGGUGAAAGCCUUAACCAGCAAGAACUUGCCGUUUCCUCUCCUACCUCCUGAGCUUUACAUUCGGUCUCUGGAUGACCUGGCUGGGACUGAGGUUUCUUUUAACCCUUUUCAGGGGAGUGAGGGAAGCCAGAUGGGACUUCAUAUUGUGCCCUGGCUCAGGACGAAGGACCCAGGUCUCCCAGCAGCCAUCCCGUUUGUUCCCACUGCCUCUUCCCUACAAAGCAGCUGGAGGAACCUGAUAAAACAUGCAUUGUUUUGUCCCUUUCCCAUGAAAAUGCCUUCCGUAGUUUCUACUUUACUUGGAAUAAAAUCUCAGCUCCUUGCUGUGGCCUAGGAGACCCAGGAAGACUGACCCAUUGCCUGCCCUGGAGACACAGACAAUGCCAGAGUGGUGGCUGCUGAGUGGUGGGGGUAAAGAUGCGCAGUGGGGAGGCCAGAGGUUACCCAGGGCUCUGGUGAUCAAGAAGAGAGACUGGGAAGGAAAAGAGGAAGAGAAGGACAGUUUGGGGUGAAGGGUGGGCUAAAAGAAGGGUUUCCAUAUUAGGGAAGGUAGGGAAGAAUAUUUUAGGGCUCUCAGUAGUCAACAAAGAAGACUGAGCACCCAGUACACCCCCCAGCCCUGAGAGCCUGCAGAGGGGAACUGAUGCAAGGAUGAGGGGUGCAGAUGGCAGUGACAAGAAGGGACCCCCGAAUAUGAACCCCUUGGGGAGAGGCUCUGAGUGGGAAGGAAGAGGAGAGGCAGGCUGGGUGGCCAUAGGACCUCCCUUAAGAGGUCCACUUCCUAGCAGCAGCUCAGACUUGACUAAGUGUCACUGCCUGCUUGCCUUAGCCUAAGUUUCCAGCCACAACCCAGACCACUCAGAGUAUUGUAGUACAGGCUGGUGCGGAGGUCCCUGAGCCCUGCUGAGGGUCAGUCGAUGAGUGCGUGUUUCUUUGAGAAUCAAACUGCUAGAGCAAUGGGCAAAGCCUGCAGAGAGAGAGAGAGAGAGAGAGAGAGAGAGAGAGAGAGAGAUUUCCUUAGAAAAACAAAAGUAUUAACAGUUGUGUAGCAGCUUAGUCUUCUUGUGGGGACUCCUAACAACUGGAGCAGGGGCUGUCUCUGACCCUAUUACCUGCCUUUGGGAUCCAUUCCCCCUCCUGCAUCGUCCAACAUUAGUAGAAGAGGAGGUGCCUAGUCUUACUGCAACUUGAUAUGCCAUGGCUGGUUGAUAUCCAUCAAGGCCUGCCCUUCUCUGAAGAGAAACAGAGGAGGAGUGGAGGAGGGAGGAGGGGUGUGGAGGAGGGACUGGGAGGAGAGGAGGGAGGGGAAACUACAGUCAGGAUGUAAAAUG